CCACUGAACUAUCCCGCGUUCCCUUCAACGGCGCCUGACAACGCAGAAAAAGCACUCGUGGAUAACGUCGUUCUUGGAAAGCGUUUGCCAAAAGUGACUGUGCACUACCGAUGCAGUGCUCGUAUAGAUGUUAGCGAAGCGAACGGUGCAGACACCACAGUUAUCUACCGAAGAUCAUUGAUUAAUCACGCUUAAUCUGGCAACGAACGACGUUCCCAGGCUGUGGAAAGAUACUGUCCUCGAGAUUGCUCGUACAAGAGGCAAGGCGUUUGAUCGGCUGCUCCAGUAGUGUAUGGUGUUAUCUGCUGGCCCUGACGAAAUAUAGCCUAUCUGCGACAAGUCGUAAUUAUCGUCCGGCUCCGUGAAAGUGCGGGAACAUUAUGGCUUCCGGAAGGACUCGGCUUCUGUGCUCCAAGAUGCGCCACGCCGCCUCGGUAGGCCGCGAGCAGCAGCGGAGGUGCGUGUGGUCUUCGUCGCAGCGAUCAGCGGUGCCCAGCUCGCUGCGGCUCAACCACGCCAUCCAGUGCGCCGAGAAGCUGACGGGCCACGACACGAGCCGGUUCUCGGAGAAGCUCAUGAAAAUGGGCGAGCUGCACACAUUCCUGGGCACCGUGGCCAAGAUGAUGGGAAGCCAGCACCCGAUCGUGGAUUCCGUGAAGCAGCUGCUGUUCCAGCAGAGCACCAACAUCCAGACGCGGGGUCUCCUCGUCUCGCUGUUCAUCAAGGCGUGCGCCGUGGUUGAGCGCCGGGCCGAUCAACGUGAAAAGGUGCCCCGCCGCCAGCAGCUGGUCGUCAGCGCCACCGAGGAGUUCCACGCGGCGCAGAUCAUCCACGCGUCGGCGCUCAACGUGGCCGCGGCCGAGAGGGACAGGCUGGACCCGCUCGUGCUGGACGACGUCCAGACGGGCAACAAGAUGACCGUGCUCGCCGGGGACUUCUUCUUCGCCAAGGCCUUUCAGACCACCACGGCCAUAGGCAUUCCCGUGAUGUUGGACGUGUUCGGCAAGGUGGUCGAGGACUACGUGCGGUCGUACUUCGAGAGCGACCUGAAGGAGGCACCCUUCGUGGACGCCAUGUGGUGGGAAAAGAAGACCCACCUGAAGACCGCCAGUCUGCUGGCUUCCGCCUACAGGGCCGCAGCCAUGGUCGCUGGCCAAGAGAAGGAGGUCCAGGACCAGGUCUACCAGCUCGGCAAGCAUAUCGCCCUUGCCCUGCAGACCUACCACGAAACCAGGCAGUUCUUGGAGGCGCCAUACUCAACGGGCCUUGACUACGACAUCACUAGUCUUCCGAUAGUUUUGCACAUGGAAACGCAUCCACACGUGCUGGCCCGCCUCAAGGAGACCGGAAUGAAGGAUCUGGAGUUUUCAAAGCUCCAGUCCGAAGUGCUGUCGGGCGACGCGCUGGAGCGGGCGCAGGUCAUGCUGGGAUACUACAUCCAAGAGGCUCGGCUACUGGCCAGGGAUCUCGGGUCUUCGGAUGCUGCCGAAUCCCUCGUCACAAUCGUCAGCAGUCUCAAAGAGUUGUGAGGACCCCCUCGUCUUAGAGCCAUAGCUUUGCCCCUUACCUAUUUGUUUUUUUUCUCGAUUUGUUUUAGUUUAUUUUAAUUUCACGAGCG